ACGUCAAACAUAUGUUGGUGUUGGUAAAUGUAAAUAGCGAAAACGAAACAAGAAUCUUUGAGUAUUAGGAUAUUCCAAAAUAAUCAAAUCUAGUAAAAUGUCCAAAGAAAACCCCCAUUUUGAUAGAGACUUAGAUUUAUCCAAUGCAAACAGAGGUGUUUGGCUUGUGAAACUUCCGAAAUAUGUUGCUAACAGGUGGCAGAAGGCAGCAAGUGAUAUAGAAGUUGGAAAACUGAAAAUAACGAAGGCACCAGGGGAAAAACCACAGGUAUCUUUAACAUUAUCUUCUGCGACUUUGAAUAUACAAGAAGAGGGAGAAGAAGCUAUUCCAAAAGACCAUCGGUUGGAUGUAUCAACUGUAACUCAGCAAACUCUUGGAGUGUUUUCACAUGUAAUACCUGGAUCAACCGAUUCUGUUGUCCCUGAAUCUGAAAAACUAUAUAUGGAAGGAAAAAUUGUACAAAAAUUAGAAUGUCGACCUUAUGCAGAUAAUUGCUAUAUGAAACUGAAGUUACAAUCUAUAAAAAAAGCAGCACAACCGACUCGGCAAGUCCAACAAUUAGAGAAGAUUGUGAAUACUUAUAAACCUGUUUCAGAUCAUAAGAACAAUAUUGAGUAUAUGGAACGUAAAAAAGCUGAAGGUAAGAAAGCUCGUGAUGAUAGAGAUGCUGUUAUGGAUAUGUUAUUCAAUGCAUUUGAAAAACAUCAGUACUAUAAUAUUAAGGAUCUUGUAAAAAUUACAAGACAACCUAUAACAUACUUGAAAGAAAUACUCAAAGAUGUGUGUAACUAUAAUCUGAAAAAUCCGCACAAAAAUAUGUGGGAACUGAAACCUGAGUACAGGCAUUACAAACAACCAGAGACGUCAAAAAAAGAGGAAGAGGAUAUGGAGGAUUAGUAUUAUUCAGGUGACUCUUUCAUCUUAUGUUAUUUUACAGUUGUUUUUUAAAAUAUUGUGGAGGUAAACAUUAAAAGUUCUUGUGAA